GUCAGCUGAGAGUGGCAAGCUUCUUCAGUAACGCUGGAUUUGGGUUUUCUUCUCCUAGACUGGCUUUCAGAAAUAUUCCCUUUCAACGUUGACUCCCUAUGCGUAUUAAUUCUAUUCUUAAAUAUACGGUAGCUUCAGUAUUUAUAAUUUACUAUAUAGAAGGGAGCUCUCAGGAUGACAGAACGCGGCAGCACUAGUUUGGAAUUGAGAGAAUUAACCGGGACGCCAAACAGUGAAAUUGGAGACGGCUCGAGGUGCAAGUCGGGCUCCGAGUCGAGCUGCGAUGAGGCGGCGGGGCUGCAGAAGAAGCAGAGGAGGCAGCGCACGCAUUUCACCAGCCAGCAGCUGCAGGAGCUGGAGAGCACCUUCCAGAGCAACCGCUACCCGGACAUGAUCGCGCGGGAGGAGAUCGCAGCCUGGACCAGCCUGAGCGAGGCCAGAGUCAGAGUUUGGUUCAAGAACCGCAGAGCGAAAUGGAGGAAGAAAGAGCGACACCAGCCGGCGGACAUCUGCAAGCCCGGAUUCAGCUCCCAGUUCAACGGACUGGUUUCGCCUUAUGACGACAUGUACGCCGGAUACUCCCCGUACAACAACUGGGCCGCCAAGAGUUUCCAUAGCAACAGCCUUCAGACCAAACCCGGCUUCCCAUUUUUCAAUCCCGGGAACGUGAACGCGCUCCCGACGCAGCCGCUGUUCCCGGCCCCGGCCCGGCCUCCUCCCCCCCACGCCGCCGGUGUGUCCGCGUUGCCUGCCCCGGUUACCGUGGGACUCGAGUCUGCGCUCAGCUCGGCAGUCACCUCAUCCCCGUACGGAACCACCGCGUCUCCUUACCUGUACGGCAGAGACCCGACGUGCGGCUCCGGCUUGGCGAACCUGAGGCUGCGCGCCAAGCAGCACCCGCCUUUCGGAUACGGACUGAUGCCGAACCAAGCGCCCAGCCUGAACCCGUGUGAAUACAGUAUGGACCGGCCCCUAUAGGAAAACACAGCGUCAUACAGAAGAGGCGGACUUGUGCUUUUGUAUUUUCAAGCAUUCAUAUUAUUAUUUCAUUAAAAAAAUUAACGUAUUUUAGGGUUCAAUUGAGCAGAGUUUCAGCUUUUCCAGGGAAGUCCUACCAUCGGGCGGAGGAGUUUGUUGCCGGAUAACUUCACUCAGACUACAGGCCAAACGUUUAGCAUCACCUAGAAUUUU